CUUUGCCAAUGUUUCAUCGUUUGUUGUUUCUAUGUUUAAACGUUGAUUUAUGAGAAGAUUGAAGAGAGGCGUAGCGUUGCAAAGGACGUGGGUAGUCAGUGACAUAUAACAAUAAUAUUAAUAAUAAUAGUAAGAAGAAGAAGAAGAAGAAGAAGAAAAGUAGCACGGAUAAUAAAGGUGGUGCAGGUUUUUCAAAAUAAUAUUAUAUCAAAAGAAGAUACACGGACGUUUUGUUGAAAAGAAGAAAAAUACCGUGUUUUUACAUGUCGUGUGUAUGUGGCAAGAAGUGAGAUAUCGUCGGUCACAAUACUGGAUACCUUACCGACGUCUAUAUCUGGAUUAUCUCAUGUCAGGAUGGCCCUGGCACGGAUCCCGGUGGUGAGUGACUGCGCACCGCAGACGUCGCGGGUCACGUCGAACUUGCACAGCAGCAGUAGCAUGGCGGUGAGCCGGGUUCCGAGCCCUCCGCCGCCCGAAGUCAACACGCCCGUCGCCGAGAACUGGUGCUACACGCAGGUGAAGGUGGUCAAGUUCAGCUACAUGUGGACAAUAAACAACUUCAGCUUCUGCCGAGAGGAAAUGGGUGAAGUCCUCAAGUCGUCUACUUUCUCGGCAGGGGCAAACGACAAACUUAAAUGGUGCCUGAGAGUGAAUCCUAAGGGUUUGGACGAGGAAAGUAAAGACUACCUCUCUUUAUAUCUACUGCUUGUCUCGUGCAACAAAUCCGAAGUCAGAGCAAAGUUCAAAUUUUCUAUUCUUAAUGCCAAAAGGGAAGAAACCAAAGCUAUGGAGAGCCAGCGAGCCUAUAGGUUUGUGCAAGGAAAGGACUGGGGGUUCAAAAAAUUCAUACGAAGAGAUUUCCUACUAGAUGAAGCAAAUGGACUUUUGCCCGAUGACAAACUCACGAUAUUCUGUGAGGUAAGUGUCGUUGCCGAUAGCGUAAACAUCUCUGGGCAGAGUAAUACGAUACAAUUCAAAGUUCCCGAAUGCCGGCUACCCGACGAUCUUGGACUGCUAUUUGAAAACCAAAAAUUCAGUGAUGUCACACUCACCGUUUGCGGUAGAGAAUUCCAGGCACACAAAGCGAUACUUGCUGCUCGAAGUCCUGUAUUUUCGGCAAUGUUUGAGCAUGAAAUGGAGGAACGAAAACAAAACAGAGUCGAUAUAACGGACGUUGAUCACGAAGUCUUGAGAGAAAUGUUACGCUUUAUAUAUACGGGGAAAGCGGCAAAUUUAGAAAAAAUGGCUGACGAUUUACUCGCAGCUGCAGAUAAAUAUGCACUUGAGAGGCUUAAAGUAAUGUGCGAAGAGGCGUUAUGUACGAGUUUAGCUAUUGAGAAUGCGGCGGAUAUUCUUAUCCUUGCUGAUCUUCAUAGCGCUGAUCAACUCAAAGCGCAAGCCAUAGAUUUUAUUAACACACAUGCAACAGACGUGAUGGAUACAGCAGGGUGGAAAUCAAUGAUCCACUCUCAUCCGCACCUCAUAGCAGAAGCUUUCCGCGCUUUAGCGACCCAACAGAUCCCACCAAUCGGUCCGCCGAGGAAACGGAUGAAGCAAAGCUGAAAGCAGACGCCCUUAGCCCCGGGGAUAACGACAACGUCGCCCCCUCCUCUAUUACAUCCCUCUUGACUCUGUGUACAGUGAUGAAAAGGAAAGGACAGAAGAUAAGAUUAGUGGUGAAUAAUAAAGUCAAUGUUUCCUAGCGAGCCCCUCACGACUGUCACCACCACCUGGUCCAGAGUCCAGAUAUUGAAUCCGGAAAUAGCUAAUGACUGACUUGUCGCAUGGAUGAGCUGGCAUAACGUAAACAUGAUACAGAUGAGCCAGAGAAAAUAUCCGGUUUCAAGCGAUACGAUAUAGCUAAGGCGCAUUCCACCAAACCAGACUUUUGUGUUCUGUGACCACUGUCGGUGGUAGAGAUAUUGUGACUGUGUCACUCGUCGCUCGCUCACGAUAAAAACAUUAAAAAAAAAAAAAAACAUACAACAAUAAAAGAAAAACCCACCCAAUUACGGAUUUGUUGAUAAUUUUCAUGCAACAAGGUGUAUAUUUUGUCCAUUUGGUGACGAGGAAGGAUGAAGAGAUGAAAAGUAAAUUGUAAAGGAAUAAUGAAGGUAUCGCGUGUGUUCUAAUUUUCACUUUUGUCAACCUCGUCGAUAUCAGAUCAUCGUGUGUUGUCAAAUAGAGUUUUGAUAGAAACAUUGAUUUUGACGUACGAUGUAACGGAUUUGUAGUGAAUAAACUUGAAUCAAUGGACCAGGACGUUAAAAUACUUGUGUGUUGGCACAAAACGAAGCAUAUAAUGAGGAAAAAAAUAUAAAUAAUUGAUAAAAGAUAAAAAAAAAAAAAUUGAAAUAAUAAAUAAAAAAAAAGUUGUGAUAGACGUCAGCCAGACGACUAAGUAUAAAUUUUGUUCCUUUGUCAACGGAUCAAACGUUACCCCCAACGUGGGGUUAGACACUUUGUUUAUUACCUAUAGUGAUUUAUAAUUAUAAAAAUGUGAAAAUUCUUCCAUCAAUGGAGAAAUGAUUCUAGUUAGUGUUUUUUAUGAUCUCUUUCUCUCAAUAUAAUUAUGUAUAACUAUUAACUAUUAAUUAUCAAUAUGAUUUCUGAUAACUUGCUAUACAUGCAAAUCUGUGCCCCUUACCCUCCCCUCUCCUCCUGUAUUCUUGUAUAUUUUUUUGUCUGCAGAUACCCUCCCCCUCCCCAAGCUGUGACGCAGUUUGGGAUUUUUGUUCCCUCAUCGUCUGUAAAACGUAUUAUACAAAUAGUAGACAAGAAAAAAAAAGGAACGAACAAUUUUUGUUGAUUAAAAAAACAAAAA